AACAGCUGAUCGGUGUAAGCGAGUUGUCAGUGUUGUAAACACUUAGAACUGCUUAGAACGACUGCCCUCGCAUGCGGUACAAUGUCAGGGAAUUACUACUUUGCAAUAAUCGGACACGCGGACAAUCCUCUCUUCGAAAUAGAAUUCAAUAAUUCUAACAAAGAUGCAAAGAAAGAAGAUCACAGACAUCUGAGCCAGUUUAUUGCUCACGCCGCUUUGGAUCUGGUCGACGAGCACACGUGGAAAACUACCAACAUGCAUCUAAAAAUGGUUGAUAAGUUCAAUCAGUGGUUUGUUAGUGCAUUUGUUACAGCGACUCACAUUCGAUUCGUCAUGGUACAUGAUAGCAAAAAUGAAGAUGGCAUUAAGAACUUUUUUAACGAGAUAUAUGAAACGUACAUCAAAUAUUCCAUGAAUCCAUUCUACAAACUGAACACACCAAUCAGGUCUGUAGGAUUCGAGAAGAAGGCUCAACUUUAUGGACGAAAAUAUUUAUCUUCAUAAUACUUUCAAACUAUCAUCUUCAAUUUAGCUAUUAAAAGGCUAAAUCUUACAUUUAUAAUCAGUUAUAAGUAUAGGUUUUUGAAUUUAACCUCGUGACUCAAGAAACAAAGUUGUAUAGAUGAAAUACAUAUGCCUGAUGUGAAUGAUAAUAGUUUUUGUUCAAUAAAGUCCAUGAAAUAUCACUGA